AUGUCUUCUUCUUGGCCGUGGCAUUUUGUUGCAGUCUCGGAUGCCGAGAAGCAACAACGCCGCGAGCUUCUUACGCUUCGCGGAUAUUACGCCCAGCUGUCAAUUGUCAUUGCCAUUGGCCUCUUUCGAUUAGUUGUUGCAUCGUCUUCUUCUUAUCACCGACGUGAGAAGCCUACGGGACGCUCUCGAUACAAAUCAUGGCUAGACGAACCACUAUUUAACGGAUGGUUUGAGACGCGAAGACAAUAUCUCAUCUGUUCGAUAUGGCUCGUUUGGCUGCUCAGUCUUUCCGCUUGGAAUACAGGUAAUGACUACUUACAUGUCACGAAAGCGCUGGGUCAUGUCGGUCUAUCGCAAUUGCCAUUACAGGUAGCCAUGUCACCAUCUUUUUACGCGACAUCAACACCACGAGCAUCAUCGCUCCUCUCAACUCUAACCUCUAUCCCGCAAUCAACGUUGACAGCGUAUCAUCGUCUCUUCGCGCGCGUAGUCAUCGGCCCAUUACUCCUCGGACAUGCAGUUCUGUACUGCGUAUUCUUCCUGCAGUCGGGUCAUCCCAAUUUCAGUUCUCUGUUCGCCAAGCGCAUUCUUGAUUUGGACGUCCAACUUGGAAUUACCGCAGUGGUGACAGCCAGUGUCAUCAUGAUCACUGCGCGGCCGAAGGGGACGAGUGGUGGAUUAUGGAAGGGCUCCGUUCAAGAGAGACGGAGUGCUUUCUAUGCUGCCCAUAUUUUCCUCGUGAGUGUGAUGUGUCUUGCGGCGUAUUUCCAUGUUGCCCAGGCUCAAGCGUUUGUGCUCGAAUCGUUGGUGGCUUUUGUUGCGAAUUUAGGAUGCUGUUAUAUGACCGCGAAAUAA